AUGAGAGUCAUGUGGAGGUACCAGAUACGUGCUGGGCUUGUUCUUUUUCUUUCUUUCUGGAGUCUGGCAGAAGGUGGGAAGCUCUUGGUUGUGCCUCAGGAUGGAAGUCACUGGCUCAGCAUGCGUAUGGUUCUGGAGAAACUCUGGGAGAAGGGGCAUGAAAUUGUUGCAGUGAUUCCUGAGGCCACUUUGCUCAUGAAAAGCUCACAAUCUUUCACCAUCAAAACAUACUCUGUGCCUUACACACAAGAGUUUCUGGACAGAUUCUACCAUUCCAUUGGUGUAUACAGUUUUGCUAACCCUCCUCUUCUAGAAAAAAUUUCAUUUAUUCUCAACAACGUGUCAGAAGUGACUGAAAUGCACACUGCUACUUGUCGACAUCUCUUACACAAUGAAGAAUUAAUGAAGUACCUGCAGGACAGCAACUUUGAUGCCAUUAUGACGGAUCCUGUCUUGCCUUGUGGACCAAUUAUUGCUGAGCAUCUCUCUCUCCCUUCAGUGUACUUCAUGCGUGGUCUUCCAUGUACCUUAGACUACAAAGCUGCCCAGUGUCCCAGUCCUUCUUCUUACGUGCCAAGGACAUUCACAUCCAGUUCAGAUCACAUGGCAUUUACGGAUCGUGUGAAGAACUUCCUGACUGGGUCUUCAGAGCAUUUGCUUUGCCAUCUGUUUUACUCAAAACAUGAAAACUUAGCUUCUGAGUUUCUUCACAGGGAAGUAACCGUAUUAGAACUCUUUAGCAAAGCAUCAAUUUGGCUGAUGAGAUAUGACUUUGUGUUUGAGUAUCCGCGCCCAAUAAUGCCAAAUAUGGUCUACAUCGGAGGCAUCAACUGCAAGCAGAAGCAGCCACUAUCAAAGGUUUGUCACUGUUUAUGUUGA